AAUCCACUCUGAUCACUUACUAUUUUACAUGCAAUGACGGUUCCUUUGUAUGUUUUCUACUAUAUAGAUAAGACCUUUAUACUUCUUUGGAGCUGAUAUCAGAGGUACCUCUAAGGAGGGGCCUGGCUGGGGGACACAGCCACCACACCUCUGAUAAGUCAGGUUCAUUCACUGAAAGUCCAAGUCCAGAAUGUAGCACAGUUAGUCCUAAGCUCCAUCACAGCUGGAUAUUAUUCUCCAGUAAGUCUGAUAUGAUGCAUAUCUAAUCACUGAAGGAAUAACAGGUAUCCUACUAACAAUGAAAACAUGUUUUAUCGUAAAUUUAGUUGCUGUACUUUUUACGAUUUUCAGUGUUGAAGCCAAAAAAUAAACGAUAUGUUUUACCUAUGUAUGAUUUGUCUCACCUCAAACACUCUUCUCCUUGGUCAUUUUAAAUGGUGGUCACUGUAGGAAAUAAAAUGUUAAGUGUACCUGUAUUAGUCUAUGAACAUCAGAUAAUUAGCUUCACUGUAAAAAAAAAGAAAAAGAAAACGGUAGAUCAAUCCGUGUGCAUUUUUUUUAAAUACUCCUAUGAAUAUAGUCUUAUCUGUACUGCAUAACAGAAUCCUAAAACUCAGUUACGGCAUUUGGCGGUGCAUCUGGCUCCUACAUAACAGGCUGCACUGAACAACAGUUUUUAGCUGUAUUUAUCACUCAUUUACAGAGCAUUUAUAUAGAAUUAAACCACUUUGUUCACUCACUUUUUCUUUGCAUGCUGGUUCUUUCUGUAUUCUUGUAUUCUGUCCUUUCAGAGUUCCCAUCUUGUAUUGGUCUUGGGAUUAAUGUCACUAUAAUUCACUACAUACCUUUUGUGUGGAGUUAGGAUGACAAUAAAGUGAACUUGGCUAGAGUCCUGUAAAGCUAAAACUGAGUAAGUUCGUAGUUAUAUGUUGCUUCAUGUUGAGUCACUUGUAGUAUUACAGUAAAAUUGGUCAAGGCCGGAAGCCUAAGUGGUGACUCUUCACUGAAAAGUAAAUAUUGAGAUGAAUUAAGUGUGUUAUUUUCCUUUUCUUUUCUUUUUUUCAUCCACUUAAGAGAUACUUUUAUUACUUUUAAAAAAUAAACUGAAAAAUUUCUGGCAACAAUGUACCAUCCUAAUAUGAGUAACGGUCUGUCCACAAGGCAGUGAAAUAAAACAGGCAAGUUAACAGAAAAAGAAAAGAAAAAAGUACAGUUUGGUCAAUAAGAUUCAACACAGUGUAGGAAAAGGUAAAACUUUGAUUAUUUAUUUUUAUUUAAAGCCAGUGCAAAAGAAAUUAAAAACCAAGGAAAAACAAGAAAAGCUCACUAAUAAAAAUAUAUUUUAAGAGGAGACUAAAAAGCUGCUACUUACUCAGAGAUCAGAUUGUUCCACAGCUUUGGGGCCUUGACUACAAACACUCUGUCCCCUUUAGUGUGAGCUGGGCUCCUGGAACAGACAAAAGACUUCUGGUACCGGGGUGUACUAAUAGUACUAAAACAUCAAAGACAUAGUAGGGAGAGAGGUCACAAAGGGCCUUAAAAGUAAUUGGUAAAAUCUAAAAUCUAUACUAAAACAUACGGGGGGCCAGUGUAAAGAGGACAAAACAAAGUGAUGUGAUCAGGUCUCUUAGUUCUGGCAAGUGAAUUUUAUACAUUCUACAGUCAGUUGAAAAUGUUUUGUUCAGGCAGGUAAAAGGCUGCUGCAGUAAUCUCAGCAAGAUGAGAUGAAAGCAUGUAAGAUAAUUUCUGUGUCUUUAAACACUGAGAUACACCAUAGUUUGAAAUAUUUUUAUAAUGAUAAAAACAAUAUCGUGCAAGCUUUGUGGUGUGCUGCUUAAAAUUUAGAUUUAUGUCAAACUAAAUGCCAAGAUUGUUUGUAGCAGGUUUGUUAUGAUCCAGAAGGGAACCAGGUGAUGACAGAAUCUGUUCUAUCUUGGUUUAGGUUGUCUUUAGUAGGCUUAAACUAUGCAGAUAUAAUAUGCAUGUAACUACACGCCCUCUAACCCCAUUGAAACUAAUUAGGACCUUGACUGAAAGAAAGCCACUACAGCACAGCAGCAGAUUUGUGUCAUUACUGGCGUUCAGUGGGGACUUGUUGUUCUACGUAUUUGGUGUAUAGGCCCCUUUCUGAAAGUCAUGUCAGCUACAGCACCUGGCAACAGCUGCAUGAGCCCAGUCAGGUGUUAGUGAAGACACAACUGCACUACACUUCAUAAUCUUUAGCUUUAUUAAGAACAAAAAUUAAAGCAACAAUGAAGUAUUCUAUCAGACAGAUUUUGUGGUGCAGACACUUUCAUGUGCAGAAACUUGAAUUGACUCUUUGUAUCCACAUGCACCAGCAUGCCAACAUGUACCCAGUCAUUAUCGCUUAAUGACUGACGGACGAUUAAUCAGGCCCAUUUUCACACCUCAUUACUAUAACAGAAGCACCAUUAUAUGAAUCAGUAAGACAUAAGAAACACAAAUGAAAAGAUUUAUUAAGAUGAUGAGAAUCUAUAGAAUUUUCUUUCCUCAGACAUGAACAUGUAUUCAUUAAUAAUUUCUGAGUGAUCACAGAGUCUCCAUGUUGUCUUUUUAUAGAGCAUAUCUUGGACAGCCAAAGCGUCCUGCUGUUACUUCAUAAAAUGAGAAUGAAGACAUGUGGGAAAAUGGCAGAGAAGUUCUCACUCCUCCUUACUUGACAUUAAUGGCUGACACAGUUGGCUGUGAACUGCAGCAGCAGAGCAGACACUGCCAUGGUUACCUGUGUGGAAACCAAAUCUUUCGGGACUCAGACUCCUCCCAUCCCACAUCUCUCUCCCCCAGCAUCACAAACAUGUUUACUGACACUGCCAAAGAACAAGUGAAAAGACAACUUGUUUGUUUUACAAAAGUGAAAGUGCUGUCUGAUUUUCUUUGCGAAAAUAAUAUGAAGCUAACACUUUUCUCUUUGUAAUAAUAUGCAAAUUUUUUUAGCUUGUCAUGCUGCCACUUAUUGUAGCAAUAAAGAAUAUCAAAUCCUUUUGCUUAUUGUAUUUUUUUUUUUGCAAAAAUGAAUCAAGUACAUUUAUAAUUAUUAGCAUUUAUUUAUCAUUUACCUGCUGUCUACCAUGACUUCGUGGUCCAUGAGGGACUGAUGGUGCAAAGAGGGGAGGAGAAAGACAGCCACAGAGGAUUUGGUCUUUGAAUACACCUUGAACAUUCAGUUAGCAUCACCUCAAAGUGAAAUAUGCAGGUACAAUGUGGUGGUUAAAUAUACGGUUGGGACUCUGAUCUACAAAAAUGAGUUGGAUGCUCUCCAUCUGGGUGACUGCGGCCCUGCUGGCUCUCUAUGAGGGACAAUACACUGCACGUGAAGGUAGGCCUCCACACCGAUGACAGAUUCAUAUCGAACUGAUGCAUUGCCAUAACAGAUUAAUCUGCUUUUUGAUGUCACUGAUUGGAUGAAUUAUUUAAUGCUUUAUGAUGAGUUGAAAUGAAGGAGGAUUUUAAUGGCUGAAAAUAUAAAACUUUAUGUUAUUAUACAGUCAGGGACUAAUCAGUCAGGGAAACUUAACAAACAGUAAUUGAUAAGAUGUAUUUAAUUCCAGGUAAUAGCCUGUCUCCAUCUGGCUACCAUCUCUGUACUUACAAUGAAACAAAGAUUGUGAGUUUCCUGGUGGUGCACAAGGUCCCCUACACCGAGUCGAAGCCCUGUGGGGGUUGGCUCCUCUGGAAGACAUGUACAGUCACACUCUACAUGCUGACGCAUCAGACUGAGUACAAGACAGUGACUGAGCAGGUGACCAGGUGCUGCGAUGGCUACGUGCAAGUUGGUCGCUACUGUGCCCUGCCUGUAAACAGGAGUGCUGAGUUUGCUGCCAAGCCAGGAUCCUGUCCAACUGCAGAUGGAUUGUGUCCCAGAUCUGAGGACUGUGAGUUGGAUAUAGCCUGUCCAGGCUGGCAAAAAUGCUGCCAGGGACUCGGCAGCUCUGUCUGUCAGGAUCCUGCAAGCUCUGCAAACUAUUGGACUAAUGGAGGAUGCCGUUUGAAUGCAACAGUAACAGUGAAGACAGAUUACCGGGAGCUGAUGUCCAAGGAUGAUGGGCUUCUGAAUCACAUAAGAAUGCUUCAAGCAAUGGUGACUGGAGCUCUGCAGUCUAAGGUUUCCAUUUAUUAUCUCGACUCAUGGCCAGUGCAUCCCCACAGAACCGCCACCUCUCUGCUGAUAGACGGCAACUUCACUAUGCCACUGCACAAUGUCACAUCAAAGCUGCAUCUGCUGCUCAAACACAUACAGGAGGUGUCAUCUGUAACUGUGCGAGAUGUAGAUGAGUGUGCACACUCGGCUCUUCGUCAGUGUUCCCUUCGGGCCCACUGUAACAACACAGUGGGAUCCUAUCAGUGUGCCUGCCACCAAGGAUAUACUGAUGUUGAUCCAAGUCACCCUGGAGCCAACUGUACAGCUGACAUCAGGGAAUCAACCACAGAGCCUCUGCUGACCUACCCCCCUCUGACCAACACAGCCUUCACCCCAGCUUCCAACACCACACAGGAACCUCCAGGCAACAACUUCACGGGUAUCUUCAACUCCUCUGAGAACAGCAUGACAACAGCUCUGACUAAGACAACCUCUGUCCCUUAUAAUUCAUCACAUGCUCCGCUAUGGACCAGUUCUCCACCUAACACCAGCAUGAGCUCAACUGCGGAGUCAUUUCUGCCAACAACCACAUGUCCUCCUCCGAGCAUCAGCAGCUUACUGGCAGCUAAUGUCACUGGAACCUCCUUCUCUGUCUGCUGGUCCACCCAGUCUCAGACAAACCAGAUUCACAAGGUUGUUGUAAGCAAGGGGUCAGAGGUCAUCCUUUCUCAGGAAUUCGGGCAAACCAUGAUAGAGGUGAAGGGAUUGCAGCCUGCAAUGCUUUACCUUGUUUCUGUCACUCCCUAUGUCUGUGGAAGUGAAGGUGUCGCCCUUCAUAUGUCGGUCAGAACUGGUAAGAAUUUAUCGUUAUGGUGGCUUUGAUUUUCUGAUCUCUAUUUUAUCAUGUACAUUAGUAUCAUGGACAUACCAAUCUGUGGUACAUGUUCAGGCUUACAGUAAAUUACUACAUUUAUCCACAAUCAUUUACAUAAUAACUUAUUUGUAUAACAUUACAAUUAGGAUAAAAAAUCUGUUUAAUGAAAUUAUUGCUACACAUCAGACUGAAUUUUAGAUUGAUCUUCACUGACUAAAAGUGAGAAAUCCUUGUUUUUUCCUGUUCUGCUUUGUUUUGUAAAUGUAUUUUGCCAGAGACUCAAGUGAAGAAACUGAUUCAUAUAUUUUUAAAAAUGAGAUCAGAUGUAGUCAGUCAUUACUGCCCUAAGAAAUUAUUUAAUUGCCCUUGAAGAUUCACAUGUGAUGAAAAAUAUACUUAAAAAGAAAAAAAACUAUUUUUAACCAAUAGACCCUACUUUGUUCAGAAGGCUGACAUUUAGUUGUGGUUAAUGUGUUUCAUAAUAAGGCUUUUCUUUGUAGAUGCUCAGACUCUUGACGCCACAGCACGACUUACCAACAUCCAGUUCACUGCUGACCUCCAUAAUGCCAGCAGCCAGGCCUACAGAAACCUCACUGCAACCAUUUUA